AUGUAUGCUGUGAACUUAGCAAGGUACCGUUGCUGCCCUAACAUAAAGGAGAACGGUCUCUCUACAGCUCCACGCUUGGUCAUGUUCACGUCACAAGAGUGUCAUUACUCCAUUUCCAAAGCAGCAGCUUUGCUGGGGAUUGGCACAAAGAAUGUUUACGCGAUACCAUCUGAUGAGAGAGGGAAGAUUAUUCCUUCUGCUCUGGAGGAGCAAAUACUGUCUGCCAAAAGUGAGGGUGCAGUUCCCUUCAUGGUAAACGCCACCGCAGGAACCACAGUGCUCGGAGCGUUUGAUCCCAUCGAUGUAAUUGCCGACAUAUGUGAGAAGCACAACCUGUGGCUGCAUGUGGAUGCAUGUUGGGGAGGAGCAGCUCUGGUGUCCAGCAGGCAUAAACACCUGUUAAAGGGCAUCCACAGAGCGGACUCUGUUGCCUGGAACCCUCAUAAAAUGCUGAUGGCAUGUCUGCAGUGCUCGGCUUUCAUGGUCAGAGACAAAACGAGUCUCCUGCAGCGCUGCCACUCUGCUCGGGCCUCUUAUCUCUUCCAGCAGGACAAGUUCUAUGAUGUCAGCUACGACACGGGGGACAAGUCUGUGCAGUGCAGCAGGAAGCCGGACGCUUUCAAAAUCUGGCUCAUGUGGAAGGCUUUGGGAAGCAGAGAGCUGGAGCAGAGGGUGGACAGAGCCCUCGCCAUGGCAAGAUAUCUGGCAGAAGAGAUCAAGAAAAGAGAAGGAUUCCGUCUGCUGAUGGAACCUGAAUAUGCUAAUAUUUGCUUCUGGUACAUUCCACCGAGCUUGCGAAACCUUCCAGAUGGCCCUGAGCUCUGGGAAAAGCUCCACAAAGUGGCACCUGUGAUCAAAGAGCGCAUGAUGAAGAAGGGCAGCAUGAUGGUGGGCUACCAGCCCCACGGAGAAAAGGCCAACUUCUUCAGGAUGAUCAUCAUCAGUCCUCAGGUCAGCAGGCAGGACAUGGACUUUGUCCUGGAUGAGAUCCACAAUCUGGGAAAGGACUUGUGA